CUUCCACUAUAUCAUCGUGAUCUUUUUCUUCAAAUAUUAGUUAUCGCACUGUUCAGCGCGAGUUUACUUGGAUGGAUUUCUGAAGUUCUCCGGCGAAUGUCUUACAAAUUAUUGUCUCUGGGUAUCGUCGCAGAUAGAAAACAAACAACAGUGAUCAGCAUCAUGAACGCUUAUUUGACUGCCAUACUUUUCUGCGCGUCCGCAGUGUUUGCGCUUCCUGUACAACAGCAAACUACUCCGAUUCCGAAUCUGGCCUUCUCUAUCUACGGACCAAACCCGGAUGGUACGUACAGCUACAAUUACGAGACCGGAAACGGCAUUCAGGCGCGCGAAGAGGGACAGCUCGUCAAAACUGCAGAUGGCAAGGACGAGGCUCUCCUCGUUCAGGGAUCCUUCAGCUAUCCCGACCCCGACGGCAGACUCGUCGCCCUGAGCUAUGUUGCCGACGAGAACGGUUUCCAUCCUGCUGGUGAACAUCUACCGGUUGGGCCUCCGGUUCCCUCCGCUAUCCUAAAGGCUUUGGAGUAUAUCGCUCUGCAUCCCGAGGAGGAUAAUUUGUAACAGAUUCAUCAUUAUAUUCAGCUCAGUGAAUUAAUUACAGUGAAUUAAUUAUAGUGAAUUCGAAAUUUUCGUCAGUUUAUAUAGUGCCAGAAAAUUAUAUGAUUAAAAAAUUGAAGAAAGAAAAACAGGUAGGCCUUCAGAGUAAAGCGAAGAUUUUAGAUCGCAAGAGUUUUUUUUUAUUACUAAUACGUUUCGGAUCACUUUAUGACCUAAAUUGGUUUUUUUGUACAUUUUGCUGAAGAUGGUUUAAAAAAAUGGACCGGAACGUUCGCGAUAAACGUAUUGGCAAUAAAAAACUCUUGCGAUCUAAAAUCUUCGCUUUGCUCUAAAGGACUACCUGUUUUCCUUUCUUAAAUUUUUUAAAAUAAGAGCAAUCACUAAACCAUUUAAUAUGAUUAAAGUUAUAUGCCUUUAUAUCUCACGAAUUCUAUGUUUUAGUUUUUUACAUUCAGUUAAUGCGAGUUUUAUGUUAGACAAAUUCUUUUUGUUGCGAAGAACAUCAGGAUGUCAAAUUUGUACAACUGAUUAGUACUAUUAUGUUAAUUAAGAAAUCCUGUGUACAGAAUCAUUGUGACGACAAUGUUUAUAUUAAACAUUGUUCUAAACAAUAAAAUGAAAAUGCUGAAAUGUAAAUUCAUAUUUUUUGUCGAUCGAAAGAUUUAUCUGACUUGAUUGUGUCAUAAACACGUCGCGACUAUUCCGCUCAUUGAAACAUCAAAUCGCUGGUGAUUUGAA